AUGUUGACGUCCUUGCUGUUGCUGCUCCCAGGUUUAGCCUCUUCGACAUCAUUGCGGCAGCAUGCAAGUGAUUUCUCCACGCGAGUUCACGAAGUGGAGGAAAUCCUCCUGAAGCCGUCGGCGUGGUCGAUCUACCCCCCUCCACCGCUGCCACCUCGAUUCCUCAUCGUCACGAGCCCACAGGAGCGCAUCGUCAGCUACUCACAGAUCGGGGACGACUACUCCGCCGUCAAGGGCCUGGUCAAGCCGCUGAUCCAAGGCGGAGUUGAUUUGCCCAAGGGCGUCGCUUUCGACGCGCGCCACAACCGCCUCUUUGUGGCGGAUCCGGGCCUCAAGAGGAUCAAGGCAUGGACGCUUUCGCUGGAGCGCUGCCUGUCGCCGGCAGAGAAGGCCGGUCUUCUCGGCACUGGAGCUUCAUCCGACCCCUUCGUCACCGACGAUGCCGAGGGCCCAACUAGGUGUGACCUGCCCUGGACAUUGAGGGCCAGCGAGGAGGUCACAAUACUGACGGAUGUGUUUAGCGAGUGGGUCUCGUUGGACCACAACGGCAACCUCUACUACUCGGACCAAGAUCGUAAGUCCGUGAACAAGCUCGAGGCUAGCCUUCUGCUCAACCUGGUCCACGGUGAGGUGGCCCCUAGCGAUGUCUCACGCCGCUCCGCAAGCCGUGCUGCUUCGGAGAAGCUUGUUGAGGAGGGGAAGGAGGCCAUGCAGAUAGUCGACAAAGCUCACGAUCCAUUGGCAUUUGCUGCAGACCCCAUGGGAAGUGCCGGGGACGGCCUCAAGGCAGGUGCAGAGCUGAUGGGCAACAUGGCGAAAUCCGCAGCGGCACUGGCACCGGACUUGCCUCUCACUGCCGUCGGGGACACUUCCGUCAUGGAGCUAUUCCAGGCCUCCAGUCCCCGGGUCGUAGGAGAGUGGCUCAGAGCCAUGGGUCUGCUCGGCAUGGAGUCCAGCCAGGGCUUCUUUAUGAAGUUCAUGGUUGUCCUGUUCUUCAUCAUGACGCCGCUUUGGCCGCAUGUGAUGCGCCAGUCGCAGGUCCACUUGCCUUUCAAGCCGAGGUUUGGGCAGAUUGGUCAGCUCGCCUACUGCUGGCUCAUGACGGGGGGUCUACUCUGGGCCUUCCUGUCAACUUUCGGCUUCGAGCAAGAUGACAUCAUUGCAAUCCUGGCUGCGUUGGCCGGGCUACGCGCUGUGCCCUUCUUGUACAAGCGACUCCUGACCCUGGUGGCCACUUAUCCCCUGUCCCUCACCUUCAAGUUCGCCUCCCAGAUUUUGCCCAAGUACACCAUCGAGGAGGCGGAGUUCUUCACCUGCGAUGGUGCCUCGCCCGAGGUGGCAGAGCGAAGGAAGAACUCCAUCAAGGAGCUCAGUGAGAAGUGGAAGAAGAAGUACCCCAAGUGCCAAGAGUUCUCCGUGGAGCUGAAGAAGAUGAUCUCAGACCUGCGCUUCACCUCUGCUAGGUGCUUCCCGGCCUUCAACGGCGUGGUCCAGAAAUACCUGGAUCCUUCCAUGGCCCUGGAUCGCACCGAGGGCGUCGACGUGGUCGACCUCGAGUUUGGUCAUAGUCUUCAGCAUGCCCUCUCCUGUUCAAAAUGCUUUAGCUUAUCAUCUUUUUGA